UCAUUUUGUUGAGUUCAUUUCAAAUCAUUUUUGAACAACAAAAAAUGAGAUAUGACGAAUGGCUCCACAUACAUAUUGGUAAAACUAGUUUGACCAUAGAGUUAAACCAAAGGCCAAAGUAAAGAAAGAGUCGUCACAUCUUUGGUGACUGCUGACUCGAAAUAAACUAAAACCACACAUUUGAAAGAUGCCAAUUACUCUCUCUUUCUGGCUUUCUCUCUUUCUUUAUCAACCAGUCACAAUCGUCAGAGACUCAGAGCGAUGCACAAAAACUUGUACAAUGGUAAGAGAAGGACUUGCGGCCGUGGCGGCGGAUAACGGCGAAGGCAUCACCAUCUUACUCUACAUUUGGGCAGCAGUUUUAGCUCUCUCCAUUAUAGCCGCCGUGACUUUCACUUGUAGCGACGGAGCUUCUAAAUCUCACACUGACGACGUGCAUAGCUCUGCAUGUGCCGCCGGCUGUGGCGGUGGUUGUGGAGGCUAAAACGGCUGGCAGAAUUUUUGUUUUUUGUGUCAACAACAUGCAAUUUAUCUAUUAACCGGCCUACAACGACGUCAGUAAUACAAACUGGCUCGGAAAAGGAAAGCGUUGAAGAGCUCGAGUGCGCACCGAAUAUCUCUUGCAAAGGGUUUAGUUCAUUAUGAUGUUCUGAAGACAACGAAGAGAUUAUCUCAGACAGUGAAUAUAGUUCUUCAUCAUGAGUACCGCUGUUGUUGUUUAUCUCCAUUGAUGAUCAAGUUCAAGUAAAUUGAGUUUUUCUUUAGUCUAUGAGACUGAAGAGGAAGCUUGUAGAGCCAAAAGCUAUAAAUAGGGGAUGUGAUCUAGUUACGAAGCUGCUUUUGAAUUGCAUCAACUGAGCGGAAAAAAAAAAACAGAUGAUAUUGCUUCGCCACGUGGUUUUCUAACAUUGAUUAUCCACGUGAACUUACAAUUUUUAUUUUUAUCAUGUUAUAUAAUAUGUUUUGU